AUGAGGUUUGAGAUCCCGAGCCUCUUGUGGGGAGGGAUAGUGGUGUUGUUGACCCGAACCGCCGCCGCUAUUGAGCUUGACAUCGACAGUUAUGAUUCGAUCAAAUCAGCGACAAAGAUCAUAGCACAGGAACUAGCCGAUGGGUACUGGAUUCCUGGUGACGUGCACGGAGUGCCACACCCGCCUUAUUAUUGGUGGCUACAUGGUGCCAUUCUAGGCGGAAUAGUUGACUAUUGGGCCAUGACUGGGGAUACCAGAUUUAACGCCAACGUUACUAUUGGUUGGCUCCGAGGAGUUUCUCCUAGUUUAGAUCUCCAGCCUGACGAACAGUCCUUCAGUGAAGGAAACGAUGAUCAGGGGUUCUGGUCCAUCAUGAGUAUCGAUGCUACCGAGCGAGCCUUCCCGGAAACUGAGAACCAGAAGGAAAUGCAUGCCGGAUUCCUCGAGAUCACGCAGACAGUUCAAAACCUCCAAGCCGGCCGUUGGGACGACAAAACGUGUGGAGGGGGUCUGAGAUGGCAGAUCAAUCCCACCAACGAUGGCUUUCUCUACAAGAAUACGAUUUCGAAUGGCCUUUUCUUCCAGCAGAGUGCGCGGCUUGCUAGAUAUACAAAGAACCAAACUUAUGCGGACUGGGCCGAACGGACCUACAAAUGGCUACGCGAGGUAAAAAUUGUCCGGGACGACUUCUAUGUUACCGAUGGGGCAUGGCUUCCGGACUGUAAAAAGUUCACGGAAAAACGGUGGUCAUACAACUACGGGACGCUGCUCGCCGGUUGCGCUGCCAUGUAUAAUUUCACCGAUGGGGGCGCAUACUGGAAGGAGCAAAUCGACAGUCUUCUUACCGCCACAUAUGCAACCUUCUUCGAUGCAGAGUCGGGUGCCAUCAAGGAAAUUCAAUGUCAAGACAGCGAUUCCUGUAACGCCGAUCAGCCUUCCUUUAAGGCAUACCUUGCAAGGCAUGAUGGCAUUCAAUCAUCUUGUGGAGAGACCUAG